AUGCCCAUUCCCGGGAUUGCUGCCAUGAUAUGGAAUAGAAUAGUGGACUUUAUUUCUGAGGUGUGGUCUAUCCGAAUAGAUAGAAGCAGAGCGAUAAGAAGAAGACCGGUGGGUUUCCAAGAACCGGAGAUGGUUUUAUCUAUAUACGGAACAGCACAAACAAUCCUUGACCUUUCGAUUGAGGGUCUUAAGCAGUGGGCUUUCCAUAAGGUAGGAGUAUCUUUAGCAAGGACUAUUGGAUCUAACGGAAGAACCGCGCGUAUGAUAACAGAUCUUGUUUUCCCCUUUCUAAUUGUGGGUGUAUCGGGGACUUCCGGGGAAUCAAGCUCAUCAAAACCUUGCCUUCGGUGGGACAUUGACUUAAAUCGUCCUCCAGCGGCUGAGCUGGAGCCUUCUUCCUCCACAUCGGACCACCCGAAGGAGGUAGUGGAUCAAGCUCUCUCGGAAGCGGAGGAUAGGAUUCUGUAUCGAUUACGCCCAUUCCCUCAAGCAAAUGCGGACAAGCUGCUUAUGGAGGAAGCGCGAGCGAUCGCUCAACUAGAAGAAAGGGCAGAUUGUCGAUCGAAUGGCACAAUUGGAUUCCGCCUUGGCCCUAUGCCUUUUGGCGAGAAAAAAAAUGCAAUUCAUUUCAUUAUUGGGGAGUCAAUCCUUACGAAUAAGCAAACUGAGUAUCCUUCUCAUAAACUGUCUGAGGAAUUGUGUCGUGCGGAUGCCCACACACCUUGUAUCUACUUUUAA